GGACGCGGGGUUGGUCUUCGUGCGGUGGGGCUCGCUCGCGCGGCAGCGGCAGCGGAGGCCUCUUAGUUCUGCGGCACGUGACGGUCGGGCCGCCUCCGCCGCUGUCUCCACUGCAGCGCGGGGCCGGGUGUGCGGGUGGGAGAAGGUGCGGGAGCCGCCAGUGGUCCCCGGGAGGCUCGAGGUAGAUCAUGGAAGGAAAGUGGUUACUGUGUUGGCUACUGGUCCUUGGCACUGUAGCUGUUCAGGCUCAUGAAGGACACGAUGAUGACAUGAUUGAUAUUGAAGAUGAUCUUGAUGAUGUUAUUGAAGAGGUAGAAGAUUCAAAAUCGAAAUCAGAUACCAGCACUCCUUCAUCUCCAAAGGUCACCUACAAAGCUCCAGUUCCAACAGGGGAAGUUUAUUUUGCUGACUCCUUUGACAGAGGAUCUCUGUCAGGGUGGAUUUUAUCUAAAGCCAAAAAAGAUGACACUGAUGAUGAAAUUGCCAAAUAUGAUGGAAAGUGGGAGGUGGAUGAGAUGAAGGACACGAAGCUUCCAGGUGAUAAAGGACUUAUACUGAUGUCUCGGGCCAAGCAUCAUGCCAUCGCUGCUAAACUGAACAAGCCUUUCACAUUUGACACCAAGCCUCUCAUUGUUCAGUAUGAGGUUAAUUUUCAGAACGGAAUAGAGUGUGGUGGAGCCUAUGUGAAGCUGCUUUCCAAGACCUCAGAACUCAACUUGGAUCAGUUCCACGACAAGACCCCAUAUACUAUUAUGUUUGGUCCAGAUAAAUGUGGAGAGGACUACAAACUGCACUUCAUCUUUCGCCACAAAAACCCCAAGACAGGUGUAUAUGAAGAAAAACACGCUAAGAGGCCAGAUGCAGAUCUGAAGACCUAUUUCACUGACAAGAAAACGCAUCUUUACACAUUAAUCUUGAACCCAGACAAUAGUUUUGAAAUAUUAGUUGACCAGUCUGUUGUGAACAGUGGAAAUCUGCUCAAUGACAUGACUCCUGCUGUAAACCCUUCACGUGAAAUUGAGGACCCAGAAGACCGGAAGCCUGAGGAUUGGGAUGAAAGACCCAAAAUACCAGAUCCAGAUGCUGUCAAACCAGAUGACUGGGAUGAAGAUGCCCCUGCUAAGAUUCCAAAUGAAGAGGCCACAAAGCCUGAAGGCUGGUUAGAUGAUGAGCCUGAGUAUAUCCCAGACCCUGAUGCGGACAAGCCUGAGGAUUGGGAUGAGGAUAUGGAUGGAGAAUGGGAGGCUCCUCAGAUUGCCAACCCUAAAUGUGAGUCAGCCCCUGGGUGUGGAGUCUGGCAGCGACCUAUGAUUGACAACCCCAAGUAUAAGGGCAAAUGGAAGCCUCCCAUGAUUGACAAUCCUAACUACCAGGGAGUCUGGAAACCAAGGAAAAUACCAAAUCCAGAUUUCUUUGAAGACCUGGAACCUUUUAAGAUGACUCCUUUCAGUGCUAUUGGUUUGGAGCUCUGGUCCAUGACUUCCGACAUUUUUUUUGACAACUUUAUCAUUGGUAGUGACCCUAGAGUAGUUGACGAUUGGGCCAAUGAUGGGUGGGGCCUGAAGAAAGCUGCUGAUGGGGCUGCCGAGCCAGGUGUCGUGGGGCAGAUGCUGGAGGCAGCUGAAGAGCGUCCAUGGCUCUGGGUGGUCUACAUUCUGACUGUAGCCUUGCCAGUGUUCCUUGUGAUCCUCUUCUGCUGUUCUGGAAAGAAACAGUCCAAUGCUAUGGAGUACAAGAAGACGGAUGCUCCCCAGCCAGAUGUGAAGGAGGAAGAAGGGAAGGAAGACGAGAAGAGCAAGGGAGAUGAAGACGAUGAAGGGGAAGAGAAGCUUGAAGAGAAACAGAAGAGUGAUGCUGAAGAAGACGGUGGCACUGGCAGUCAGGAUGAGGAAGAGAGAAAACCCACAGCAGAGGAGGAUGAAAUUUUGAACAGAUCACCAAGAAACAGAAAGCCACGAAGAGAGUGAAACAAUCUUAAGAACUUGAUCUGUGAUUUCCUAUCCCUCCCCUUCCCCUGCAAGUGUGGUCCUAGGAGAGGGCCUGGUAUACCUUAGGUGGGAACUCAGAAAACCUCAAGACGUCACCAUCUACAGGUUCCAGUGAAUACUAGUCUGUAAUUUUAAACAUCUAGCAGUAAAUAAUUGCAAUUGUAAUGUAAAGGACCCUGUUUCUGUAGAAAAGAACAUUUAACAUAAUGGUUGUGAAAUGUAACAUGAAGCAACUAACUUGUGUUUUUAUUUUGAUGUUUUUAAAAUCUUUGGGUUCCCCCUUUUCUUUCUUUCUUUCUUUUUUUUUUUCUUUUCCUUUUUUAGAUAGAAUUUUUGCCAGUUUAAAAUCUUGGCUUAAUUUAAUAUAUUAAUCUGUUUGUGCAGAAAUAACACCAACAUUAGGAAUGCUAGGGGGAAUGAAUUGCAGUUUUUAUAACAUUUUUUUUAAGUUUGGUAUUAAAACAUUCAUGUGUCUCUGUCCCUAAAAUUGUAAUCACGUUCGAGUACAGUCAUUUGUGGUUAUAAUCUUGUUUUGUGUGCUUCCAUUACUUAGUUCCUCCUAAAGAUAUAAGAGGAAUUGGUCGGGAGCCCGAAUUCAUAUCAAAGUUCUCUGAGUUAUAUUGAAUAGACCCAAAAAGAACUAGAAGGAGACUUUGACUUGGUGUUGGUCAGCUCAUAACGUGCAGUGUUGUGUUGUCCUUGGGACUGCUCCAUUCACAGACAGCUUUGCAGAGGACAAGAGCUGGCUUACUGCGGCAGUUGACACUGUACUCUCCAUAAGGAGGUGGAUAGCUCGAGUCCUCUGGAGCACAGGCUUUUGAAGGAGUGUGGUGGUGCCUAAGUAGACAGUCUCAUCACUUGUUCCUCUGUGUUGACUCUGCUUCCCUCACGUCUCCUCAGUCCCCAGCGCUCUCUGCUAUGCAUUUCUUCACAGCGCAGCUUGCCGUCCGUGCUGAAAUUAUAAGCUCUGCAUAGUGUUGGCUUUACUGUGAUUACAUCUGUUUCUUAUUUUAAGCAGGCCCACACCUUUCCAGGGUCCAACUACAGGAUAGAUUACAGACUUCGUUAGUGUCUAUUUCUUUUACUCUGUGUAGACUUGAGAAAGUCUAAUUCAGAGGUGGGCCAAUUCAGAAUUGACUGUAAUUGAACAUAGGCUAAAAGUGUUUAUGGGAGGAUUGACACAUAGCAUGAGUUAUUUGACUUUUGUAGGAUAUUUAAAAUCUUCAUUUGCAGUUCAUGUAAAAGUUGUGUCUUAAAAUUCACACAAUAAAGCAGUCCUGUUCAAAAUUUUUUUUUAUUGUGGCUUGAAAAAUUUUUUAAAGUGAAUUUAUAGUUUUUUUUGUUUUGUUUUUCAUGUGGAAUGCAGAUGGGUGCUAGAAGAGCCUCUCCCACAUCACUAUAGUGUAAUAUCAUCACACCACAUUGAAAUGUAUUCAGAAACAGAUGUUUCAACUUCAUUCUUUCUCUAGAGGCGUUACAAUUGUACCGAUGAUACUGUUCCUUGCACUGAAUAUAUAUAAACACUCCACAGUGUUUAUAUUGGGGAGAUACUGGGAAAGAAAUAUAUUUGUAAAGGGUGAAGGCUGUGUUAUUUGUUGUCUUUUUAAACACUGGUUCAUUUCAUUUCUCUUGAGGGUGGAAUGCAUUUUUCUUGCUGUUCAGUGCUUUAUCCCCAUCUGUUGUUUGUGGUCACAGUGACCAUAGCUAUGUAGCGGAUGUUCCCAAAUUGUAUAGAGUGAAAUAAAGAGUUAAUAGCAAGAAACGAAUACAUGUCUGCAGGUUUCUCCUUGAAGCAAACAUGGGGAUGAUUGCUGUUUUAGAAAUCUGUUUAUCUGUUUAAUCAUUCCACAUUGACAUAUUUCAUGCCUACUUUAUUUCACCCAGGCUGUAAAAUGACAGAUUUAUUUAUAUGAUUGGUGGUGGUCAUUGUCUUUCUGGGUCCUUCUUUCUCCCUCAAGGUGUUGAAGCUACAGCCUCCUUAAAUGUCUGACACAUUAAUGACCAGCAGUCAUCUUAUAAAAAGCUUACCGGGCUGGUGUUAUAUAGCUCAGUAGGUAGAACUGUCAAGCAUGCGCAAAGCGCCAUAGGUUUGACUCCCUGGCACUGAAUGAAAAAAUAAAGAUUCUUAAAUUCUGAUAUUAUGUGCUGGAUUCCUUGUCGAAUUGUUGUAAAAUACCCACUCUUUCAGCUUGUGGUCUUCCAUUUUCUUGUCCAUAAAGUACUCUUCACUUCAGAUUGUCAUGUUACUAAACGGUGUUAUAUUAAAGCCCUGUGUUAAGUGUC